AUGGAGAGCACGCCUGGGCUGAUGAACUCGUUGACAUCUCAAGCCCUCCUGGUCAUGGCCACAUCCUCGGAAGGUCCACUCGGAGUAGUUCAGCAGCCUCCCUGUUACACUGUUCCGAUGACCAUGGACAAACCUCCACAAAUGUCUUACUUGAGUCCAGCAUACCCUCUUCUUUACCCAACUCAGGAUCAUUUGAAUUCAGGAUGCCCACCCCAGCUUCUCUCUCUUUCCCACCAAUAUGGACACCCACGACCAGGGGUCAGUGUUCUAGGCUAUGGCGCGCUGCACCCUUUUGCUGCCUUUCGCCUCCCAGAGAGUAUGGAGAGACUUCAGGCCGGGUUUCUGAACCCCAAAAGGCUGAAGGGUGACUCAGAACCCCCACAGAUCCAUUACCUGAGCAUGGAAACAGGAUUGGAAGCCCCUCACAUGUCUCCAGGGCCGGGGAUCCCCCCAUCUUCCCACAGGAGUUCCCCGAAACCGAGGACAAGCUCUAGCUCAAAAAAAGAUAAGAAAACUUCUCUCUCUGGACCUCUGGUUUGUCCAUUGUGUCACAAACACCUACAAAAAGAGGAACUCCCUCAUCAUCUUCACCAUGAAAUGGAGCUAAUGGCUCAUGUGCCAGAAAGUGAGUCUGACAACAUUCCAGAGUCCUCCCAGAAUAAUUCACAGUCUCCUUUGCCUGGGCGAAACUCACGUAGUGAAUCACCAAUGAUGACCUCAGAAGAUGGGCAAAAGCUUGACAGGCAACAGGUCUUCCUGCAAAUUCGGUGGAACAGAGAGGAGCGUAUGGGAGCACGAGUGGGGAAAUGUAAGCGUGUCAGAGUAAACACACAAGAGGUGAGUGGAUUGAUUUCUCAUGAUGGUGAAACCUCAGAGGAAAACCGCUGGGAAGAUGACAUGCGCAGUCCAGAGAAACCGUCCUCCCAAGAGACAGACUGCAGGGUGUCCCCUGGAAGCAGCAUUUCAAGUCACAGUGAUGAGUCUGACAGCGACGAGACUCCAUCUUCCUCCCGAGCAAAUGCGGAGAAUCUGGAAGCGAUGCGAGAAAAGAUUCAGGAACUGACAGAGAAGUUAAGAAAUACGCACACUUGUCACAUAUGUCUGGAUGCCUACACUGUUCCAGUCGCAUCCAUUCAGUGCUGGCACAUACACUGCGAGGCAUGCUGGCUUAGGGCCCUGGGAACAAAGAAGCUGUGCCCUCAGUGUAACACCAUUACAUCUCCGAGUGACCUCCGCCGGGUCUACUUGUGA